AUGGAUAGCCAGGAUCAUGCAAGGAUUACCAUUCCCUAUGGAAGCCCUGAUAUCGAAGGUCUCUCGCCGCCGGCUGAUUACCAUGAGCUAGGCUCUCAUGGAGCUGGGUUCUUCGAGUACCAUGAGGAAAGGCGAAUGCAAAAUGCAAGUACAUUUUUCGCAUGGCUCGAAGAGAAGCUCUUAGCGCACCAUCAUGGAUCCCAAGACGGUGGGCCUCACCCAGGUGUGACGCGGUCUAGGGCAUCAUCUUUUACACCCGAAUCCCUCAAAACUGACCACAUGGUGCCUGAAUUCGAGCGUCUGAAUCUUGCUUCACCUUCCGAUGAACAAGCACGAAAAGAGGGCGUUGCCCGCUCCAGAGUUUGGGUACAUGGAAAUAUUCUUGCGCCUCAUUUAAGCGCGGAGGAUAAGAGUGAAACCGUAUCAGAGCUUCAGACGAAUCAUGGCUCUUCCCCCGCACCAGCUCUCACCCCUGAGCUAAAGCAGCUUUACUCUUCAUUACAACGGUGCUUGAAGCUGAGGGAUAAAUAUAUGUCUGUAUCACUGCAGAGGCUUGGAGAUGACCCACGACAUUAUGAUGGCGAUAGUUCUACUGGUGCCCUCAGGGAAGAUCCAGAUAACAAACCCCCACGCUUUAAGCCAUGGAAUAUUUACCCCCCGCCUCCACCUCCUCAUUGGAAGUUCAGAGCUCAUAAUACCAGCGCACCAGAAAUCAGCCACAGCCACGACGGUGACAUUCCUUUCGAAUUUUCUAACUGUGAAAUACCGGUCCAAAUGCCAUGGGAAUGGGAGGUUGAUGAAAGGGGUGUAUUCCAAGUAUAUGAAGAUAUCAAUACACCAAAUCGUCGACCGCUCUUCAAUGUUCCAACAAUCAAGGACUUUUUUAUAGAUCUUGAUACGGUGCUGAAUAUAGUUACAGACGGCCCCACAAAGAGCUUUGCCUUUCGACGACUCAAGUAUUUAUUGAGCAAAUGGCAGAUGUAUGCAUUGCUUAAUGAGUACCAGGAGCUUGCGGAUAUGAAGAGUGUUCCGCAUCGUGAUUUCUACAAUCUUCGCAAAGUGGAUACACAUGUGCACCAUUCGAGCAUGAUGAACCAGAAGCAUUUGCUCCGUUUCAUCAAGCACAAGAUGAAACAUCACCCAGAUGAUAAAGUCAUUGUCCGAGAUGGCAAAGAGUUAACUUUGAGGGAAGUGUUUGAGUCACUGAACUUGACAGCAUACGAUCUCUCUAUCGACACACUUGAUAUGCAUGCUCAUCAAGAAGCGUUCCAUCGUUUUGACAAAUUCAAUCUAAAAUACAACCCAAUCGGAGAAGCAAGGCUGAGAGAAAUAUUCAUGAAAACCGACAACUAUAUUGAAGGCCGUUACCUUGCAGAGCUCACGAAAGGUGAAAUACAAUUUAUAGAUUUUACACUGAGGUCUAACACAUUCGACACAGAGGUGAUGGCGGAUUUAGAGCAAAGCAAGUAUCAGAAUUGCGAGUGGCGUAUAAGCAUAUAUGGCCGCUCCCCAGCCGAAUGGGACAAAUUGGCGAAGUGGAUUGUCAACAAUAAACUGUAUUCUCAUAACGUGCGUUGGCUGAUCCAAAUUCCACGGCUAUACGACGUCUAUAAGGCCAACGGAACGAUUAACAAUUUCUCGGACCUCUUGCAUAAUAUCUUCACACCUCUUUUUGAAGUGACUAAGGAUCCCAGCAAGCAUCCGGAACUACAUGUGUUCCUUCAGCGCGUAGUGGGAAUCGAUUGUGUAGACGAUGAGUCGAAGCCAGAGAGGCGCAUAUAUAGGAAAUUCCCGUAUCCCAAGGAUUGGAACACGACUCAAAAUCCCCCAUACAGCUAUUGGAUGUACUACAUGUUCGUAAAUUUGUCGAGCUUGAAUCACUGGAGACAAGCACGAGGGUUUAAUACAUUCGUAUUCCGGCCACACUCUGGGGAAGCGGGCGAUACAGAUCAUUUGGCCGCAGCUUUUUUGACCGCCCAUUCUAUCUCCCAUGGCAUUUUAUUACGGAAAGUACCCGCAUUGCAAUAUCUUUUUUACCUUAAACAGAUCGGGCUAGCCAUGAGUCCUCUCAGCAACAAUGCACUUUUCCUUAGCUACGACCGCAACCCGCUACCUGAGUUUUUCAAAAUUGGCCUAAACGUCAGCUUGAGUACAGACGACCCAUUGCAGUUUCACUUUACCAAGGAACCCCUGCUGGAAGAAUACAGUGUGGCAGCCCAUAUCUACAAACUCGGCCAAUCCGGAUUGGCCGAGUUGGCACGAAACUCUGUCAUUCAAAGUGGUUUCGAAAUGGAAGUCAAACGCCAUUGGAUUGGUAAAAAAUGGUAUUUGCCCGGUGCAGCCGGAAAUGAUAUCAACAAAACGAAUGUGCCUGAUAAGCGCUUGGCAUUCAGACACAAUACGCUGAUGGAAGAAUUGAGCUUAAUCUACGGUAGUAAAGAAGCCACAGUUGUUUCCAAGAAUUCUCUCACCAACCAACUCGAUACGACCGCUGACGCUGUCGCCGCGCAUGCGAUGGCAAUGAAAAGAAUAGAAUUCCUGGCACGUGCAUUACCUUCUACCAAUCAAUAUUCCUUCCGCUUUGUACUUGCGUUAAGCGCGCUUACUGCCCCAGUGCUAGCAGCACUCUCAUCAGAUCAAGUUGCUCUCGCCCAAAAAUAUGCUCCCCAGUUCCGCCUUACUCCUGACGAGAAACAUUUUCCCUCGAGUAUUGAAUAUAUGCUCUCGAACUAUAAAGUGUAUGAUGAUAGUGGCAAACAACUUCCAACUCAACCAUCUCCUUUGACAGCCUCCAACCUUGAUUCAGUGGUAGGAAGGGGCGCAAGCACAUGGCUUACAGUUUCUGAUACCAACGCGGGCUAUUUGACUGGUUUAAACCCUUCAACAAAUCAAGUUCCUGUGUACACGUUUAUUGUGCCAAAGGAAGGCGGCAUAGUAGACCUUUUCUACUGGAUUUUCUUCCCUUACAACCUGGGGAAAGAUAUUAUCGCUCUCGGGCGGGUCGGAAACCACAUUGGAGACUGGGAGCGUAUGACAGUGAGAACUCUCAACGGGGUCGCAAUUUCAGCCGAUUACAACGCGCAUUCAUCCGGAAAUGGAGCUGGGACAAAAUCAUGGAGUGAUGUCCUCAAACCCUCGGGAGAGGACAGGCCUCUUGGUUAUGUCGCAAGUGGAUCUCACGGAGUUUGGCCAGGACCCGGAUCCUGGGUAUACGAAGAUAUCAUCAUCUAUCAACUCAAGGACGAAACUAGGGAUGGAGGGCCGAUGUGGAAUGCCAAAGAUAAUAUCUAUCCCAUCGAAUAUCUCUCAUCCGCAACGUAUUCUGGAGACCAGGCCUGGCUUAAUUUCCAAGGAGCUUGGGGGAACAAGGGGCAAACUAAUUGCUGGUGGUAUGCCAUAGUAAAGACAUGUCCAUUAUCUAACGGACCAGGAGGACCUUACAGACAAGACGUACUCGCGGCUGCAUUCGCGAAGGCAAGUGGCCCAGGUAUGCUCUCGAAGUAUUCCGAUAUGGCAGGACCUCUUUCACAAACACUAGCACUGUUGGCAACCAACUCGAGCACCUCAUUGUAUAAAUUGAGACUCGACAAGUCUGUCUUAGAUCUGAUCAAAAUUGCAGCUUUUGCUCGCCUUACAGUCGAACAAUCAUGCGUUGAGUAUCAAUCUUCUACCAACACAACUCUUUUGUCUUCGACAUAUGGAUCCUCCAAGUUAAAUUCAGGCGACGAUAGGCUUUAUUCGGUCAAGGUCCCGCGCUGUACCUCUAACUCCAGCCAUGUCGACUCCUACCGAGUCGGUCUAUGUGCUAGCGAUGACAAUUCGAUGUGUUCCUGGGCGGGAUAUCGCCAGCUCCGCACAUAUCUGACCGGGAAGCAAGGAGUUACAAAUGGCACAGCGAUCAACUUAGACAUGGACCAUGACAACUGGAGAUGGGAUUAA